AUGCCUAGAACGUCUGCAUUAUCUCGUCAGUACUCUUAUGAACCCGAGAUCUUGUAUGACUAUCAAUGGGCCACUUAUAUGCAAAAACCAGCGGCAGGAAUUGCUAGUGCCUUGAACUUGUCAUCAACACAGGAGAUCGACGCAUUAUGGUAUAAUAACGCGGAGACUCGGAGAAUUAUCAUCAUAUGGUCGGACUUUGUCAUAAGGAGCAGGUUUAUGGAUGGCAUGACAGCUCCUGUGCCCCCAAAAAACGGUGUGCGGGGUGUAGCUUGCAAGAUAUUUCCUUUGAUAUUCGCGACCUGGUGUACAACUCAGCUCAUGCGUGUGGUUCCGACGCUAUUUUCCGGCAGCAACCUCGACACGACUCCCCCGGAGCUUGAUGCAUUCGACCUUUUUUAUGCACUCUCCAUUCUUUGCCCAAUGAAAUGGCACCACGAACCUAGUACUAUCAGACUUAAUAUUCCAUCUCCCGUAUCUUCCAACACGAUUGAAGAUCCAGCAACGGCAUUGACCUCCAUAGCCGCACUUGAGCCCGAGCAUGCGCUACCGGUUGCCUCAGGCGGCGACAAUAUCGGUUCACCUCAGGAAGGAGCCAUCAGUGAUUACAUCCGCACUCGUGAGGUGUUAUAUCAAUUUGCUGGCAAAAUAUGCGAGCAAUUUCAGCAGGUCCAGCUCUCAGUCGAGUCUGACGAAGCUGAGGAAGAUGGAAAUGGCAGUACCCUGUUCGCUGGUAUGGAUGUGCUGGUCGAGCAAUAUACCAAGACAAUUGGACGGAGAUCCAUUGGGAACAUCAUUGCCAACAAUCAGCCUCUUAGCCAGCUUAACAGCUACCGUGCUCAAAUGGGAACCCAGAGCGUUGGGGAGACCGGCCGUGUAAAAGAGAUUGGCCCUGGCGGAGACAUUGGGCCCGGAGUAAAGCACUCCGGCAAAUGUUCCCAGGCCCCUCCAAAUACGCAACUCAGUCGGCGGGAUAAUGGUGUUUCCAAAAACAAGACUCGGCCAUCGAGAGUUCACAACACAGGAUCCAAUGAACGUAUCCAGGCGGCAUUCAAUUCGCAAUUGGCAGAUACUUUAAACUCGCCAGACUAG